AUAUUAAACAUAACCUUUGUUUUUCAGGGAGUUGUAUUUGGAAAUAAUUAUAUCAUAAUUUGGUUUUAAACAUGAUUUUAAACAUUAAUACAUAUUAAAGAAAAAUGGUUGAGGAAGGUGAGAAGAAUUUGAUUCAUAUGACUGAAGAAAAAAUAGAGUUUGGAGAGAAACUUUUACAGUCUCUUGUAGGCCUAAGACAUUUUGAUGGUAUUUUAAAGGUAGAUCGCAAAAUAAGACAGGAAUUGAAGUUUUUAAGAAAGAUAAGCAAUAGUGGCUUAUUAAAGAAAGAACAUCUUCAGUGCUCCAACUUGACUCAUUUUAGUGCCUUAAUAAAUACAUUAUCAAAUGUAGAUAAUUGUUUGGCUGUUAACAAAGUUUUUAACUUGAAUGAUAGAAAGAUUACCAUUGAUAUUAUAUGUGAUGGAGGUUUAACAUGGGUAAAGGUAGUGGCACGAAAUCCAAAAUCUAUAAAACAAAUUUGUUUAGGAGAUGGAAGUUAUGGGGUUAGAAGUGUCUUAGAUCAAGCCUAUGACUACCUAGAGUGUGCCCAGAUAUAUCCAUGUCUAUUUCAAACCCCUAAGAUAAUAUUUAUAUUCGCAAAUGGCAUAUAUGAAGAUUUAGCAAAGCAUUUGGAGUCAAUUGGUAUAAUAGUAAAAGGUGAGAGGCUUGUUGAUGAGGAUUUUACAGAAUAUGAAGAUAUACAACAGGUACAACUGUCUACAAAAGAUAUAUCAGAAAUAAAAAAGGUUAAUUUAGAUGUUUCUGCUAUGCUGGCUUAUGUAAGCUCUGUUACUAAUGGUAGUUGCCUAAAAUACAAACUUCAAACACAAGUUCUGGCUCAGCAAGCCGAAUGGGAGGCUAAGAGGCCUGUCAAACCUGUUUUAGAUGCCUUUUUUAAAGAUAAGACUCUUUACUGUUGUGAAACAGCCAGAAAUAGUUUCCUGGAAAUUUUGAAUACUGUUGGAGGUCCAAAUGAAAUACAAAGAGGUGAAGAGCUCUUGAAAAGAAUAAACGUUCUUCCUGACAAUGCUACCUCAUCAGAUACAUUAGAUAAAAGUCCAGUUAAUGCUAUAUUUAAUAAUGUUCAGUUAUUGCCAAAUAGACAGCUAAAAGUUGGUGGGAAAAUAAAGGAGAGAUCCUUUAUUAUUUUCACAUUUGGAGAUAGGAUUCAAGCAGUUACUGUGACUGCUAAUGAUGGAUUUGUUAGAGCUGCAAAACAACAAGGCAUUAAUUUCGUUGUCUUUGUCCAUGAAUCCAGAGCAUUAACAGAACAAAAAGAAUUCAAAGCUGAAAAGAUAUAAGAAAUUUUUAUCUACCAUUUGUGAUUAUUCAAGAAAUUUAAAUUUAAACUACUUGAAAUGCUAAGCAAAGUCUUUUUUAUGGAUUAAAAUAUAUUGUAAAAUAUAGAAGUUAUUUUUAUUAGGAGUAACUA